AAAUUAUAAGCGCAUGACCCUGACCAAAAAUGCACGGGACACGGUCCGUAGCCAUUUUGGCUCAAGGCUCAAACUCGUCUCAAGCGCCCAGCCCGCUCUGCUCACGCCGACGCCCCUGGGUCGGGGUGGGCAGCUAUCCUAAGCUAUCCAGGGGAUCACCGUCACCAUGGCCAGCUCGGCCCUCCCGGGCGGCCUCCUGGGCAGCGCCCUGCGGCUGUUCGUCUUCAUCGCAGUGGGCAUCGCGUUCGGCUUCCUGUUCGAGCGGUCGCACGUGUACGAGCCCGACGCGAUUCGGAAGCAGUUCAGCUUCCAGCGCAACAUCAUGCUGAAGAUGUUCGUCGGCGCGGUAGGCGGCGCGGCGUUGUCGUUCUACGUGUGGGAGCGCCCGCUUCUUUCCAAGUCGAGCGACAUCAUUGAGCGCGUUCGCAGGUUCCGCAGUGGAACGCCACUGCCGCGUGCCGCGCUCGGCGGCGCGAUCCUGGGCGUCGGCAUGGUGGUCGGCGGCGCGUGUCCAGGGAUGGUGCUGCCGCAGGUUGGCACCGGCGUGCACAACGCGCACGUCACGCUGCUCGGUGGCUUCGCGGGGGCGCUGGUGCACAACCUCUGGGAGUUUGCGCAGGGGUGGUGGCGUCGGAGGAGCCAGUCGCGUGUCGUCGCCGCCAGCGAGGACGGCAGUGGCGACGCCGCCGCGGCCGCGGAAGACCGCGAGCGCAGGUACCGCGGCGACUUCCUGGACCUGCGCUUCAACCUCCCCUUCGACAAGUGCAUGCUGGGGGUCUUCUUCGCGUGCGCCGCGUUCUGCCUCGUCAUGGAGCUCGCCAUCGACUUCGAGUCGGAUCUGGUGCCCGGCACGAAGGGCGCCUGGCCCCCGAGCCUGGCGGGGUUUGGGAUCGGGCUGGUGAACCUGGUCAGCCUGGGCGCGGCGGGCGCCAGCAUGGGCAGCAGUAAAGCCUAUGCGCAGGUCAUGCUUUCAGGUGUCUUCCAGGGUGCCUUGAAGAAGGGAGUGUGCGGGUCGGGGCAGCGGGCUCAGAGCGACGGUGGCGGCGCGAAGGGCGGUGCCUCGAGCAGCGUGGACUGGUUCAACGGCGCGUUGGAGCGGCACUGGCAGGUGCCGUACUUGUGCGCGAGCGUGCUGGGUGCGUUCCUGUCGAACGAGAUGGCGGGGAACGCAAGUGUUCAGGGCGUGGAGCAUGAGGCGAUUGCCUUCAUUGGCGGUUUCCUGAUGCUGUUCGGGAGUCGCCUGGGCGGCGGUUGCACAAGCGGCCACGGCAUCGCGGGCAUGCCUCUCCUCUUUAUCCCGUCCGUCGCAGCUGUCUCCUCUAUGUUCGGCGCCGGGAUUCUGACUGCGCUGUGGAUCGACGGACAGCAGCCGAUGCAGUUGCAGGGGACGCGGUGAUGCAGUGUGCUUCACCCGUGUCGAGACAAGUUGCUACCCGAACUGCGCGUGGAUAAGGUUCCAAAGGUAUAGGUGGCGCUAGAGACAUCGCGCAUGCGUGCAGCGAUGAUGCUUCGCAUUCAACUCAGAGUCUGUCUCUUCAGGCUCAUUUUUCAAUUCGAUUCUCAAUCUUAUUUCUUGGGGUGUCUGGGGCAAUCGCGUCCCGUCCUCGUUCGUUAUCUCGUAUUCCAGAGUGCCGAGGUGAUGCGUUCCACGAUGGCCGGGCCUGUUUACAACCAGAGCGUGGUAAAGAGGUUCCGGACAGGACAAGCCCGGCUCAGCGCCAAGUAGGGUUCAUUCCCACAGCGCUGUUACAGUUGGAUUGUUUAAACAACCCUUGCCUUGCUGAGUUGGGGUGCUCGCAGAGUUCGGCGUCCGUCGUGAGCCACGACGCCGUUUCCUCCCUCGUCCUUCCCCGCCUCGUCCUCCCACUCCUCGCCCUCCUUCCUCCUCGCUCUGGCUGUGUUUCACACUGUUGCUGCAGCUGGCACUGAUUGUCGCUUCGACUGCGAAUUGGUGGUGCACGGACGAACAAAAAAAUGCACGGGACACGGACGUCCGAGCGGUGCCGAGAGUUCCGCACUCGCUCACCACCUCCCCCGUUUUCCCGGAGCGCGGUUCACUCGGCCGCGGCCCGGCGAUCUUGUUACAGCCAGA